AUGUCACUUUUAGAAGUUGAAAGUGAAUUGCAAACUCUGGAGGUAUCUAUUGGAACAUUGUCUAAUGAAUGGGGAAAGACAUUGUCUAAUGAAUGGGGAAAGCCACUUAAUGACCCGCAGGUGGCAAAAUUUAUGCAAGAGACAAAGUUUAUUGAUUAUGCUAUUCAUUCCAAAGAAUUUUGGAGACAAGGGAAAAUGGUAGCACAAGUUUUGCAUGCACUAGUUCAAGCUAAUUGUCUGAUUUAUCAUGAUGGCCCAACAUUAGGAUACUUAUAUGAGAUGAUGGAAAGAGUACAAGAUGCAGUUGAACAAUGUCGUGAGAGCAAUGCCGUCCUUUAUGAUGAUAUAUGGGAAAUUUUAGACACAUUUCAAGGUGCUAUUAUUCAUCCAAUACAUGCAGCUGCUGCUUUUUUAAAUCCUAUUUACAUGUGUAGUGAGAUAUUUAAGGAGAAUGAUGAAAUGAAGAAUGGUGUAAAUCAUAUUCUGGAACAUUUAGUUGCAGUGGAAGAGAAGGAAGAUUUCAGGAACGAAGAACAACUAUACCGCAUGAAAGACUCAAACGUGUUCACAGCUGAAGCCAUGCUAAUGCUUAAAACAUACCAUCCUAGAAUAUGGUGGGAACGUUAUGGCAAUCAUCUCCCUGUAUUACAAAAAUAUGCAAUUCGGAUCUGGAGUCAACCUUGUACUUCUUCAAUAUUCAGGGGACAUCAGUCGAAUAUGAAGGACAGUGAUAAUGAUCAUACAUUUAUGGUGAAUACAUUGAUGAUGGAAAUGUGUAAAUUCCUAGAAGCACAAUCGACAAAGCCAAUCAUUUUUGAUGAACUGGGCGAAGUUUCUCAUGAUGCUUAUGAUUGGCAAAAUGAAAGAGAUUUAUCAUCUUAUGCAUCUAGCAGUCUAAUCGAUGACAUAAUAAAAGAUGACAUACUAAAUGAUCCAACCGGUUCAAAGUUUGAUACGUGGUAUGACGACUUCGUCGACUGGGAUACUGAUUAUGUUGACUAA